CUUUUAAACUGGACCAUAUAUAUUCACAAUGUCGGUUAGGGAUAUUUUCACCUUCGGGAGGGUAUGCACAUCGCUCGCAGCACUGAAUGGCGCCUUUAUAUAUGUUCAAUAUCGCAAACUGGUUGUAUGUCGUCCUGAAUAUAAACAGGAAGGCUUGCCGGAAGAGAAGCACAGGAUCGCAAUAUUUGACAACAUCGCACCUACAUACGACCUUACAUAUGGCAAUACUCACAGGAAACUUGGCAUAACAGCUGCCAAGGCCAAUAUACUGAAACGGGCAAAAGGGCACGUUUUGGAUUUAGCGGCAGGUACUUUAGAGAACUACAAAUUAUAUAGUAACAUAACAAGUCUCACUGCACUGGACAAGAGCGUGAUGAUGUGUCUUGAAAUGAAACGUAAAAUAGAAUCUGAGAAACCGGACUUCCCGGUGACCAUUGUAUGUGCUGACGCAUCAGCGAUACCAUUUGAGAACGAGAGCUUCAGCACAGUGGUUACCACCCAUGGUCUGUGUUCAGUGGAGCACCCGGGGAAGUGCCUGGAUGAGGUAGCCAGGGUACUGAAACCCAGUGGGCGGUACAUUGGCAUUGAGAGGGGAAGGGUAUAUUACAGGCCACUAAGGGCCCUGCUGAACUGGCUCAAGCUAUAUCCUAACCCGGGAAUGCCAUGGAAAUAUGGUUACUUCGAGGAUCGCGACCCUAUUGGACUCGUCCAAAACUGCAAGGGUCUUACCAUGCUCGAUUCGGCAGUGUUUGGGUAUGGGAUGAACUACUCCAUCCUGGCGCGGCGGUUCGACAGUGACAAGAAAUCUGAAUUUUCCAACGAGCCCAGGAUACGCCCGGAGGCUCGCGUAAUAUACAGCUACGUGCCACGGGAAAGCUGAUUGA